GAACAUUGUUAUGUAUCCGAAUCCAAAUUUAUAUACGUGUACGGCACGAAUAUGGCUGAGAGAAAUUGGAUUUUCCUUAACAUAUGGAGCUUUAAUGCUGAAAAACAUGGCGGAUAUCAGUAAUAUUUCGUGUACGUUCAGCAAAAGCUGUUAAAAUAACAGAUGCUGCAUUACUUAAACGUCUGGGUUGUAUUUGUGGCGCCAUCGGCACUUGUUUAUUGGUGCGCACAUUGGUUUCACCGCCCGAUGUGGUCGUUGGUCGUACAGCUGAUGAUUUGAAGGCAUUUUUAUGUAAAACCGACUGGUGGGAUUAUACUUUUACAUCAAUGGAAGUUGUCUUUCUGGCUUGGGGCGUAAGACUGUGUAUAAUGGUGCGUAAAGCUCCCUCUGAAUUCAAUGAAAGUCGCUUCAUUUCGAUGGCCAUUUACAAUGAAUUUUUGCUGACGUGUUUUUUAAAUGUUUCUAUGCUUUUUCUACAAUCUCCAGCUAAUCCCGAUUUAUUGUAUAUAAUAUUUUUCUGUCAUACUCAAUUAACGAUUACAUUAUUGUUGGCUUUAAUAUUUGGCAGCAAGGUUUAUAUUGUUUUGCGUAGUGGUAAAUCACAUCAGGAGAAUAUUGGCAUGGGUGCUAAGUCUUCCGGUGCCAAAUUUAAUUUUCGUCCUCAAGUGCGUACUUUUGCUAAUCCCAGUUCAGUGACAACAUCAACCGUACCGGUAGCGGCCACAACAUCGGCGGAAAAUAAACUAUCAGACCAAGAGGCUUUAGAGGAAGUAAGACAAUUGAGUAUGCAAUUGCAACGUAUACAGGAAAUGGCUCCACCCAAGGGUGUUGCUGUGAUGACAAUAUCCAGUCUAUUGGAUGGUUUAAAAACUCCCAGUAGCAUGGUGAUGGUAGCAGCUGCGGCCUCCCAAGGAGCAGGCAGAAAUCAAUUAACUGUGCGUCCACAGAAGACGGAAGCGCUACCACUGCUAUCGUUGAAUACAGAAAUGCAAAAAUAUCAACAACUACAAGUGCCACAAAAAACAAUGACGACGACAAACAAUAAUGUUGCCGCUGUGAAAACCACACCAACCAUAACAUUGCCGUCCACCCAAGUAACAGUUACAACAUCAACACCAACCAAGGCCAGCACAGACACAGGUCGUUGGGAGGAAAAGGCUGUAAAUACCGAAAUAAUAGGCAAUUGCAUACCGGAAGAAGAGCUUAAAAAACGGCAACAGCAACAAGAACAUAUCAUAUGUCGAAGUUGCUAUGAGAAAUGUAAAGAUCAACUGCAUCACACUGACACUUCCGCCAAACUCAAUAAAUGUCAAAUUUUGGGUUCGCCUCAACAAGAGGGCAGCAUUAGUUUUAAGAAUAUUAAAUUGGAUUGUAUGUGCUCCCAAUCGGAUGAUCUGGAUCAGCUUGCGGAACCGGAGCAACAAACAAUAAGAAGAAUAACAAAACGGACGGCAGCUACAAAUACGCCACCCAGUACCACACGCAAACGAGCAGUUCAAACGACAGUGCAACACAGUAAAGAUGAUAAAGCCAUCAGUUCUGUCAGUUUGCCCAGUGACGAGUGUCACAGCAGAGCCACAAACAAACCCAUUAGUUAUGUAAGUCAACAACAGCAACAACAACAAAUUUGUGAUAAUUGUAAAAAUAAAUUCAAAAGAAAAGAAUCUUUUGGAAAAGCAACAGUAACAGCUGCAGCUACAGCUGAUAAAAAACAAAAGUCUCAGCAGCAGCUGCAACAACAACAUAGAAAAUUAAGUAGAUUAAGCAGUAAAUGUAAUAAACUUAUAGCCGAUAUUGAAAAUUCCAAAGGAACAGCCAGCACAAAAUCAGUGCUAACCAAUAAACCAGCAACAAAAGCAACGACUACACAUAAAACUUCCACAAAACUACAACCACAUGACUGUGAUGAAGAAACUCAAUAUUCCACCGAUGAUAUAAUUUUCUACACUACCACUGAUACAAGCGACAGUGAUGAUGGUGAUGAUGACGACGGCGAAGAAGACGAAGACGACGACGAUGAGACUGAAGAUGAUGAAAAUGCCAAUGCCAUUAGAGAUGAUGAUUUAUCUUCCAGUCUAUCACAUAGUAAAAGUGAAUCUCGGGUGCCACUAAAACUAAAGCCUCAUACAGCCUCAAUAGAACUCAAGUGCAUAUCAUUAUCAUUGGGCAAUAUAACAACGACCAGUGCGACGGCCACAACAGCAUCCACGUCCUCUACUCUACAGCCAGAAUCAAUAAAAUCCCAAAAUGCCUUAAUAGAACCAAACUCCACUACUAUACAGGUGACAACAGCAGCACCUUCAGCCUCUUCAACAACGUCUUCAACACAACAACAACAAACUGUGACUCAGUCGCAACAACAACCACCACCAACAAAUGGUUCCAAUGGCAAAGCCAAACGUCCUGACAAGCUGGUCUUAAAUUUAAAUGAUCGUUCCAAAUUUACCAAAGAAGUAUCUGUCUGAGACAUUGCAAAAUAUCAAAUCUAAAAACAUUCAAUUCAAUCUUUGAAAUGAAAAUUUACAAUUAUUAUGAAGCUUUUAAUGGAACUGAGGGAAAAUUUAAAAACAAAUUAAUAUUUUCCAUUAACUUUAAUAUUUAAGUAAUUAUAUAUUAAAUCGUUUUCUUUAUCUAACUUUUUUAUAAUUAUUAUUUAUUCUAUAAUAACUAACACUUCUUUACCAAUGAAAAAUCCAAGUUCAGUUAAAGCAAAUAUUUAAGAAAAAAAAUUUAUGCAAUUUGUAAUGAGCCCCAAAGUGCAUAAAUUAACGAAAUAAAUUUAAAUUAAAAAUAUUACUAAAAAAAACUGAACAUCAUUUUACAUUGUUUAACAAGUGUUGAAAACAUUUCAAAUGGUUUAAUUUUUAAUAUAUCAUUUCAGUAUUAUUUCUGUAAUUUGAUUGUAUGUUUUUUUUUUUGUUCAUGAACAAAACUUUAUGCCAAAAAAAAAAAAAUAAAAAAAAAACUUAUAGAAAAAUGUGAAAAAAGAGAAAAAACAUACAUAUUUACAGGAUUCACAGUUUAAAAAUCAACAAAGCAUACUUUCAGGAAUUUGCCUGAAAAUAUUUUACUGUUGGUAUUUGGUUUAAUUUUUGUUGAAAAAUAAAUUGUAUGGUAUAUUUUAUAAAUUGUUUAAAGUAUAUGAAAUAAAUAUUUACAUUUGCUUUAAAACGCUUACUUUCUUGCUUACAGAAGACUUGAUUUUCAUAGGCUAUAUAACGGCGUUUUCAUUUUAAAUAUAUUAUAAUAAAAUUAAUCUCUUUUUGAAAUUAGUAUUUAAAACUUUUAUUACAACUAUCAUGUUUAAUUGUUCUACGUACAAAUUCCACAAACUACGAUUACAAUUAACAAAUUUAAAUUUCUAUAUGCAAUAAAUGUAAUUUAUAUGUAAAAACAUAUUCAUACAUUAGCUUAAAAUAAUCUCCUAUUUUAGAACUUUUUCCAUUCUAUUGUUAACUGAAUAUUUUGUUUGUUUUAGAGCUUAAUAGAAAUGUAUGUAGAAAUUAAUUUAGCAGAAGUAAAAUAAACAUUGUUAAGUUUACACAUUUUAAAAAAUUAUAUAAAUAUUAAAUUUGUUAACGGCAACUUUUCGAGGAAGAGUAGUUUUGUUAUAAAAGUUAAUUUUAGGAAAUAUUGUAAUAUUAGUUUUGCGUAUAAUGUGUUUAUAUAUGUACAC